AUUCUGUGUGCAUUUGUGUAGGUCGUGUUUAGUGAAUUUUAUUUGUGUUUAUUUUGGAAGACAUUUAAUAUUGUGUGUUGUAUAAAGCGAACACCACAACAAGAUGGUGCACAGAGGCGACGGCAUAUUCUCCUGCUUCUCGUGCAUCGUGGAUGCCAUGCAUUGCUUGGUACUAAGUUCCAGGAUGUGUAACAAAGGUAAAUGCCUCCACUGCAUUCCCGUCGAUAACGGCUGCCUCGUUCUGGCCAUCAUAAGUGCGAUUGGCACUGGGAUGGUGCUGCUGGCGACCAUCAUUCUGGGCAUCUUGGCUGCUUCAGGCAUCAUCAUGGCGUCGCAUAAACUUGACCCAGAGUCCCGUGAAUUCCGUCAAGCGGCCGUAGCUGGGAUCGCCCUUGGUGUGGUACUUACUGUUGUGGGAGUGGCCUCACUCAUCGCUUUCAUCUUUUCUGUGCUACUAUGCAAUGGAAUCUGUAAGCGCCGGCCAGGACAAGUGAAGGCCUACUUCAUAUACGGUGUCGUGAUCACAAUACUCACAAUCAUCGCCUCGAUUGCUCAAAUGGUCAACGAAGACGACCCUGCUCCUGGCAUCGGCGGCUUAGUUGGUUGUGUGAUCUACACUGCAUUCCUGAUGCUGGUGCACGAGACGUACAGCAAGCUGCGCGCGGGCGCAGUAUUCAAAGACCACAUCCGUCUGGUAGAAGACUACUGUUAACACCACUCUUUCAAGAACCACAUCCGUCUGGUAGAAGACUAUCUGUCAACACCACUCUUUCAAGAACCACAUCCGUCUGGUAGAAGACUAUCUGUUAACACCACU